CACGCUGAGAAAGGACGCGGGAGACAUUGCACCGGCAGAUCCUCAGAAGAGGAAGAUGCCUACUACGGACCUUCUGACGUUGAAGGCCUUUGAGCCUUACUUCGAGAUUUUGGAAGCAUACUCCACAAAAGCCAAGAAUUAUGUAAAUGGGCAUUGCACUAAAUAUGAGCCCUGGCAACUAAUUGCAUGGAGUGUCGUGUGGACCCUGCUCAUAGUCUGGUUGUAUGAGUUUAUCUUCCAGCCAGAGAGUUUGUGGUCAAGGCUUAAGAAGAAAUGUUUUAGGCUUAUCAGGAAGAUGCCAUUUAUUGGUCGCAAGAUCCAAGAAAAGUUGAACAAGGCCAAGGAGGAUAUCAACAAGAGCAUGUCAUUCCUGAAAGUGGACAAAGAGUAUGUGAAAACUCUGCCCUCCCAGGGUCUGAGCUCAUCUGCAGUUCUAGAGAAACUGAAGGAGUACAGCUGUAUGGAUGUCUUCUGGCAAGAAGGGAGAGCCUCUGGAGCAGUGUACAGUGGGGAGCAAAAGCUCACGGAGCUGCUUGUGCAGGCUUAUGGAGAUUUUGCAUGGAGUAACCCUCUGCAUCCAGAUAUCUUCCCAGGACUACGUAAGAUAGAAGCAGAAAUUGUGAGGAUAACUUGUUCCUUGUUCAGUGGGGGACCAGAAUCUUGUGGAUGUGUGACCUCUGGGGGGACAGAAAGCAUCUUGAUGGCCUGCAAAGCUUAUCGAGACCUGGCCUUAGAAAAGGGGAUCAAAACUCCGGAAAUUGUGGCUCCCCAAAGUGCCCAUGCUGCAUUUGACAAAGCCGCCAGCUAUUUUGGAAUGAAGAUUGUGCGUGUUGCACUGAACAAGAUGAUGGAGGUGGACGUGCGGGCGAUGAGAAGAGCCAUCUCUAGGAACACCGCCAUGCUCGUCUGUUCUACCCCACAGUUUCCUCAUGGAGUGAUAGAUCCUGUCCCUGAAGUGGCCAAGUUGGCUGUCAAAUACAAAAUACCUCUUCAUGUAGAUGCUUGUCUGGGGGGCUUCCUCAUCGUCUUUAUGGAGAAAGCAGGAUACCCACUGGAGAAACCAUUUGAUUUCCGGGUGAAAGGUGUGACCAGUAUUUCAGCUGAUACCCAUAAGUAUGGCUAUGCCCCCAAAGGCUCAUCAGUGUUGUUGUACAGUGACAAGAAGUACAGGAGCUACCAGUUCUUCAUUGGCACAGACUGGCAAGGUGGCAUCUACGCUUCCCCAACCAUUGCAGGCUCACGACCUGGUGGCAUUGUUGCAGCCUGUUGGGCCUCCUUAAUGUACUUUGGUGAGAACGGAUAUGUUGAAGCUACCAAACAGAUCAUCAAGACUGCUCGCUUCCUCAAGUCUGAACUGGAAAAUAUCAAAGGCAUCUUUGUUUUUGGAGAUCCUCAAUUGUCAGUCAUUGCUCUGGGCUCCCGUGACUUUGACAUCUACCGACUGUCUAACUUGAUGACUGCUAAAGGGUGGAACUUGAACCAGUUACAGUUCCCCCCCAGUAUACAUUUCUGCAUCACAUUAGUACAUACCCGGAAGCGUGUAGCAAUCCAGUUCCUAAAGGAUAUUCGGGAAUCCGUCACCCAAAUCAUGAAGAAUCCUAAAGCGAAAACCACGGGAAUGGGUGCCAUCUAUGGUAUGGCCCAGGCAACAGUUGACAGGAAACUGGUUGCAGAACUAUCCUCAGUCUUCUUGGAUAGCUUGUACAAUACGGACACUGUAACUCAGGGCAGCCAGAUGAAUGGUUCUCCAAAACCUCGCUGAGUUUGGACCCUUUCCAGUCCCAAGGGCUUCUGGCCUUCAGAAGGUUCUCCGAGUGUGAAACAGGCCACACACAACUUUGACAUCUGGUCUUGCUCCAUAGGGCACAAGAUAGACCAUAAGACAGCUUCAGCCUCAGGAUUCUUGUUCCUUCUUUUGUUACAUUUUGAGGUUUUUUCAUUUGAAAAUCCCAAAGGAUUCCAUUGUAUGAUGAAACUGCCCUUGUUAUAAAUGUUACCUUAGGAAUUUUUUUUAACCAUUUCCUUCUCUAACUUCUCUAGCUUUCACCUUCAGUUAAUCAUUGUGUGGUGGUUCUGACCUGUCUUGAUUCCUUAGGGAAGCUAUGAGAUAGCAAAAGAGGGUCUUUGCUACCUCAGGCAGAUACUUCAGCUGCUGGUGGGAGGCAUUUAUAUAACAAUUGUUUCUUUCCCCAGGUGGAUGUCAAGUGAGUCCUAAGCAGGAGGGUUUUUCAGCCCUCUGCUUGAGUCGAUGUGUUGUCCCUUAGGUCCACUUUCAUUGCAACCUGUUUUACUUUCCCAGGACAUAGGUUAGCUGUGUUUUAUUCUCUAUUAUGCAGGCCUAGAGCAGUUGAAUACAUCACUCAGUCUCCUGUGGCAAGAUCUGGAGUGCUCCAGUGUUCUCUUCUGUUGUUAAAGGCCCCAUUAGACCUUGGUUGUGACCAUCUUUGCAAUGAUGUUCCCAUUGCUUUUUUCUUGUUUCUGUGGAAUAGGAAGAGAACAUGGUUUCUAGAGAAUCAAGGGCUUUCUGGUAAUGGUGCUUCCUCCCUGAAGUGGUAGUACCCAGAGCACACCUGGGCCUUCUCCUGGGUAGUGAGGAGCAGAAGCCAGACCCUUUUCUGUGCUUUGCUGAAUAGCAAUAUAGGUGAGCACCCAGAUUCAAAUGUAUAUCACCAAAGUUGGUGGUGGUCCUCCCUUCCUCCAUGGCCUUAAGCUGUAUAUGUAAUGAGUAUAUAUUUUGCUUGAAGGAAAAGCUCAGAGUACCACCAUAAGUUGCCUUGACUUCCCCUAGGAAAGUGUGAGGACAGUGCAGGGAACAUUUCCUCUCCCUCCAUUAGUGUUCUUCCUGCCUCUUCUGCCUUUAUUCAGCUUCCAAAGGUACUAUGGCAAGUUAGCCUCAGGUACUAGAUGUUUUUCAGCCCUGGCUAAAAGGGAGCAGUAUAGGAUGGAAUAAGCAUUUUGGAAUAGGAAAGUAUGGUGGCAGGCAGCCAUAUGAGGGCCUCACUGUCCCAGGGCCUGGAAUUCCUUCAUAAGACCAGUUGCUCAGGGUGAUGCAGGGAUAGGACCAAACCCUGCAUCUACUCCCUACUCUCUUCUUCCUUUUGGGGACCCUGAUCUAGGUUGAGCCAUUGUCCUGUUCUAAUGACAUCAUACCGUGUGCCUUUCUCCACAGCAGUGGCUAUUCCUGACCCAGGCUCAAGGAAAAUGGGCCAGUCUUUGAGGUUUCUGUUUGGAUAAGUAAGAACCUAGGACAAGUCAAGAGGAACUUUACUGUUUCCUUCCCCUUCUCAGGGACUCCCGUUGAAUACUCGGCUUCUCCCAGAUGCUGUCUUCUAGGCACCCUCAUUGGGAAUGUGGGCUGGAGGAGCCAGACACCAGGCUUUUCAUCAAGCUCUUUGUCAUAUCUGUCACUUAGCACUGUACUUUUCACCCAGGAACUGUGACUAGCUGGCCAUGUCAUUGCAGGGCUGGUGUGGUGUGUGUGUAUCUUUGUGUCUGCUUACCUCCUUUUUGCCUUGCAGGACAUUGUGGUGUUCAAGAGUAGUUGGUGUUGGUGCAUGUGUGUGUCAGGGAGAGGCUGGGAACUGUAGCUCACAUGCUUCCUUCAAGGAGAGCACCUCCUUGAAAGAGUAGCUGUACAGCAGUUGUCUUGGGUCUCCAGUGCAUCAUGUUGGAGGAGACCCAGGGACCCACAGCUACCUAGUAGGCACUACUAUGGCAUGCCAGCUACUAACAUGGAGAAGCAUAUGCCCUACUGUCUCCCCAGGACCAGACCCUGAGCCACUCACUUCCUCUGUGCUGUGUCAGCAUUGGUGCCUGGGGCGGGGGGUGAUGGUGUUUUUCAAAGGGACCUACUGUAGCCACUUUAAUUUAUGGUUUUGAGCCUUAGUUUGACCUAGCCCUUGUAGACUUUUCCUUUGUGUGUAUUUGUGUGUGUGUACAUAAUGCCUAAGUCAUGGCAGAAGUGGAUAGGAUGUCUUUAUGGUGUCAUGUUGCUAGCAGAUGUCACACUGUCUUUCUCAAAAACUGCUUCUGCUUUAGAAGUAAGUAGUUCUGGCUGGGGAUGAAGCUCAGUGGUAGAGUGCUUGCUUAGCAUGCGAAGGCCCUGGGUUCUGUCCCCAACUCUGCAAAAAGAAAAGUAGUAAUCCUGUGAAUAUACUGCCAUGUCACUUUUUAAUAUUACCAGUUUUAUACUUGGAAAAUGGUACUUGCUCUUUUAAAUCUUUUUGUCUUCUCUAACCUCCCCUUCCCUAUCUCCAUGCCCCCUUCAUAAUUUCAGCAAUAAUCUCUUAAAAUGCAAUUACAUAAUUAAAUGUCCCAAACCAUAAUCACUGUGAAUGGUUCCAUUUAUUUGUUUACUUGGGCACACAACAGGAAAUCACAAAUAUAGAAGUGGCUGGGUUAAAUGGGCUGCUGGUAGGAGGUUGCCCCCUGGUGGUGAAAUUUUUUGUGACCCUGACACUGUGGCUAAUAGCAGCAAUCCAGCUCAUUUCCACACUUGAAUAGGUAAGUAUCUCUCUACAGCAGAAAUAGUGAGGGGGAGAAAUGACCUAAGCCUUGUAUGCACAUAUGAAUAAUAAAAUAAUUUUUUAAAAAAUCCAUGCAGUUCUUUGCUUAUCAGUUAGAACUUGAUAAAGCUGUUUAAAAAAAGAAACUUAUUGUAAGACAUUUUGUUUGUUCUGGCACUUUAGGAAAAAAAAAAGAGUGAAAGACCUAUUUGGGGAGGGUCUGGAAUUCAGGGCCUUACUUCCCUAUCGCUGGGCCCUGUCUAUGCUUUCUUCUAUCUUCAGCAUCCACUUUUGUUUGCAUCUUACUGAGGGAUUAGGCCAUUUGGGUGGUUGCCCAUCAGCUGAGCAUCAUGACUCUGUCUAACCAAAGGAUACUGACUUCAAGUCUGGCAUUUGAUUUGUGGGCUGAUAGUAGUUCCUUGGAUGAUCUUCACACACACACAACCACUGGGCAUCUUGUUCCAUUCUGAUAAGAAAGAGAAGUCUUCCUGAAGGGGUUGGUCAGGAUCUGAAGGCUUGUCGUUUAGGUAACCCAGCUUUUCAUUCUAACCUUAAGCACAUUCCAACUUUGGCAGAAUAAAGGCAAGGAAUGCUGUCUUUGCUGUAGUUCUCACCAAAUGGUCUGCUUCUCUGAGCCACCUGUAAACCCCAAGAAAGAGAGCCCAGGGUGUGCUAGCAUUAGGAUAUCUGGCCAAUCUCAUUGUAGCAACUGGGAUGCUGAUAGCUGGUAAACAGCCACACGCCUUUUUACCUCCUUUGUGGGUAACUGGAAGCACUGAGCAGCUUCAGCUGGACACAGCUACGACAGAAGCAGUGCCUGAGGCUCAAUCUGAUAUCUACUACUUAUAGCCUGAGUGGGCAAGGUAAGGCUUGGAAAGCCUUCUCUUGAUACAGAGUUUCGGUGGCCUACUUUCACUUGCGCUUUUGUCCUUGUCACAAUCUCUGCAAAGUCUUCCCUUAUAAAUUUUAAUUAUUUGGAUUAAUUUUAGAAUAAAGCUACUUCUGAAACUUGU